AUGUCAAAGAUUCCACGUAACUUCAAGCUUCUAGAGGAAUUGGAAAAGGGCGAAAAGGGGCUUGGCGCCCAGUCCAUCUCAUACGGCUUGUCCAACCAGGACGAUAUCACCAUGACCUACUGGAACGGAACCAUUUUGGGGCCUCCACAUUCAACCCACGAAAACAGAAUCUACUCCUUGAGCAUUGUGUGUGGCGAACAUUACCCGGACCAGCCCCCUGAUGUGACGUUUGUCUCCAAGAUCAACCUUCCCUGUGUCAACUCGGAGGGCAAGAUCAUUGCUUCUGAGUUUGACACUUUGAAGAAUUGGAAACGCACCUACACCAUGGAAACCAUUCUUUUAGAGUUGCGUAAAGCCAUGGCUCUGGCCAGCAACAAAAAGCUCCCUCAGCCUGCCGAGGGCUCCACCUACUGA